CUGCCCUCAGUCCCGGCUUGCCCCCUCCCGGCGGCACAUCUGCCCGAUUUACCGCCUUCCUCUCUCCUCUCCCUUCACCUGGCUGCCUCUAGCACCCAGAACACGGAAACAGAAAGAAAUGGCCCUCCGAGAAAGCUGUCACAAAGAAGCUCUGCCGGGAGCCCCUCCUUUAGCUUGGAUUGGAGAGCUUGGCUCGGUCAGGUUGUUCCCAUGUUUAACUGUAGUGCUUCUCCCCGCCUGCUCACAUCCUUCUCUGCUCUGGUCCAGCCUCUCCCUCUGCUCUUCUGAUGGUCUUGGUGACGGUGUUUCAGCAAGAACAAGGCUUCAUUUACGGUUAACCCUGACCUGUCGAGGCCUUCUUCCACAACCAUUUCACGGACAUCUCCCAUGGGCUGGGCGCCGUGAGAAGCGCUCGAGUGACAGCAUUGAACCGGACAGAUUCAGUUGUCCUCCUGGAGACGGGUAAAUUAGAGUUCACAACACACCCUGCAUUUACACAGGAAGUCCCUAGAAAGAGCGGCCUGCCAACUGCCCUUCCCCAGAUCCUGAAUGCACUCCUGGCCAGGUGGAGCAGAGAACAGGUCACUGUACUGGUCAUGCUGAGCUCAUACCCUGAUGGCUGUUCCGUGAGGUCAAGACUGGGUCCCCUCCCUUCUCCCGCUUUACCAAUGCCUGGUCUCAUGGGGUUAGUUUUGAGCGCAACACUAUGGCAUCCUCCUCCUCCCUCCCAGCUCCUCGUUCCCGGUCCAGGAAGCCUCUGGGCAAGAUGGCUGACUGGUUCAGGCAGGCCCUAUCGAAGAAGCCCAAGAAGGUGCCCGUCUCCCCAGAAAGCCCUUCCAGUGACGUGUCACUGCCAAGCUCACAGGACAGCGACCCACCCCCGGGCCUCAGCUCAGUGGUGUCUCCUACCCCACCACCAACACACGUGGGCACCAGCAGCAGUAGCCGCUGGAGCAAGGACUAUGAUGUCUGCGUGUGCCACAGUGAGGAGGACCUGGAGGCUGCCCAGGAGCUGGUCUCCUAUCUGGAGGACAGCACUGCCAGCCUGCGCUGCUUCCUGCAGCUCCGGGAUGCAACUCCAGGCGGCGCCAUUGUGUCUGAGCUGUGCCAGGCACUGAGCAGUAGUCACUGUCGCGUGCUGCUCAUCACCCCAGGCUUCCUCCGGGACCCGUGGUGCAAGUACCAGAUGCUGCAGGCCCUGACUGAGGCCCCAGGGGCAGAGGGCUGCACCAUCCCCCUGCUGUCAGGCCUCACCAGAGCUGCCUACCCUGCCGAGCUCCGAUUCAUGUACUUUGUGGACGGCCGGGGACCUGACCACGGCUUUCGCCAAGUCAAGGAAGCUGUCAUGCGUUAUCUGCAGGCCCUCAGCUAACACUUGUUAUAUCACCAGGGGACCCAAAAAGUUGGAGCAAAGCUGGAAACUGAGUUAGAGAGCCCAGGGCCUGGCAGGGCCGUGGAUUCCAGCAGAUGUGAUGAGGCAUAAAGAGCCAGUGUUUGCAGCACUUUGUAUGUGAUCCUGGGAUCAGAUUGCCCAUCAGGCUUCCAUUACUGUGGGCUCCCAAGAAGGCCAUGGGGAUGCUGGGGACUCCCCCAGGAAGGCCAUGGGGAUGCUGGGGACUCCCCCAGGAAGGUUGUGAGGAAGCUGGGGACUUCCCAGGAAGGUCAUGGGGAAGCCAGAAAUAGGAGGUGGGAGGAGAGGUGCUGAUACCAAGAUGAUCACCAAUGUUUUGCCUCCUGGCUAACUGGACGUGAAGCCUGGUGCAUUCCUGUCUUCUUCCCUGGAAUCGGGCACUGGUGUAGAGAUGCAUUCCUCCUGAAGGGGCGACUCACCUGAUUAAUGAGCUGGAAGCCUCAGCAUGGAUGGUUUUCCCAGUCGAGUAUCGAGUCCUUCACACUCACUCCACUGCCGUUCUCUUUACCAGGGACAUCGUUCACUUCAGAAAGCUACAUGAAGAUGCAUUCAGCACUGUACUCUAUUUAUUUUUAUUACAUGCCUGUCAUUGAAGACUCAAACCCAGAAACCGUUCUGAAUAGGAGAGGGCAGGGAGCAGGUGGGGUGAGAAGGAAAGCUCAGACCCUUCACCUGCCAUCAAAAGCACUCCCACCAAAGCUUUGACACGUGGGGACCUCGUCAGGGGUCUGGCUGGAGCUCAUGCUUUACCUCUGCUCUGAGACGGAUCAGCAUUUUUCUUCUGGCAGAUGACUGGGCCCUUUGUAGGACAGGCAAGGUUUCAUUCAUCUCUUCUCAAUAAAAGUUUGUUGUUGAACCGAAA